AUGAGAAGAGAGGGCAAAGGCCGAGAAGUGAAGGGGAGCCUUCAGGCAGCUGCCAGGAUCCGGUUUCCCUUCGGAUCCGGCGUCAAAGGCACGCGGCCCCUAGAGCCGAAGGCACCCAAGCGGGCCGCGCGGGAACUGGCCGGGGCGGUGGCUUCGCACGCGGACCCCCCCACGCCCCUCCGCGCGCUUGGCCCGGCGCUGCAGUCCCCGCCGCCGCCGCCGGGGGUCGCGCCGCCACGCCGGCCCCCGCCCCGGCCCCCGCCCCCGGGCCGCGCGGCGCUCUGGGGCGGGGACACGUCUGCGCGCGCCCGCCCCGCGGGGCAGAUGCCGCCGGCGCGCGGGGAGCGCCUGCCCGCCGGACGCCCGGGCUGGCGGCCUGGGGGCUCCCGCGCAUCGUGCCCCCGAAGCCCCUCCCCCCGGGCUACCCCCCCUCCCCCGUCCCGCCUCUCCUCCCCCGCGCUCGGGGCACGGGGGGAGGGGCACUUCCUCCCGCCCCGCCGCCCCCCCCGUCCCGAGCGCGCGGCCCCCUCCUGCCCCGGCUGUGGGGUGGGGGUCCCCGGCCCGCUCGGCCCCCACCCGGGCCGGGCCCUGACCCCGCCCCUCGCGGGGUGGGGCUGGUCUCGCGGCGGCGGCGGCGGGGACCCCGCGCGGCCCCGCCCCCGCGCUCGGCGCAGGCGUGGAGAGGGGCGGCCUGGGCGGGGGCGGAGCCGCAUCGUAACCCCGCCCCCGCCCCGCGGCCGGAAGCGCCCCGCGCCCACCCCCGCCGGAGCCGGAGGCGGCCGGGGCCCCGCGCCCACGCCGGGCAGGGGGAGGGGAAGUGAAACCGGGCGCCGCGUCCAGUUUCUGUGGACGCGUCAUCGGAAACCGAGGCCGCGGGGCGGGGGCGCAGCAGCCGGGCGGCCCUUCCGGACGCGCCGCCCUCCCCGGGAAGCCCCUCCGCCGCGGGGCCGGGGCGCGGCACCCUCCCCUCCGGGCCGGGGCGCAGGCGGCGGCUCCGGGGAGGGAGGGGGCUCGGCCCGGUCCCCGCCGGGGCGGGGCCUCCCCGCGGAGGGCGGGGCCCGGCCCCCCCUCGGCUCCUGGCACCGCCCACGAGGGGCGCACCCCCUCCCGGGCGCGCACCCCCUCCCGGGCACGCCCGCCCUCCGUGACCCCCGCUCCCCGCCGGGCCCCACGCGGACACCCCGCGCAGGGCUGCCUCCCGGGCUCGCGCCCUGCGCCCCGCCGACCCGCCUGCGGGGCGUACGAGGCCCGCGCGGCCUCUGCCCAGCAGGGCGUGGCCGCCGCCGGUCGCCCUCGGCUCCGGCCCGGGAGCGCGGAGCCGCGCCAGGCGGGCGGCGGGGCGCCCAGGCUCACCACGCAGCGCCUGCCGGGGCCCCCCGCCCCCCGGCCCGGCCUCGGGCCAGGCCGGAAGGAGCCGGCGCUCGGAGGGCUCGCGGCCGGCCGCGUCCUUCUCCCGAGGCCCGCGCGCCCCGCCCUUCCCCAGGGUGGGCGGGCCCGGGGCCCGGGGCGAGCCUGGCGUCCGGCCGAGACGCGGUGUCGCGGGCACCGGGUGAAGCGGGGCCGGGGGGCUGCCGGCAGGGCGGCCGCGCUGGCGGGGGCGCGCGACCCGCCGGGCCUCCCGCGCCGGCCGCGUCGGGGCCGCCGCGGCCUUCCCUCCGGGGGUGCGGUCGGGAGCGGCGGACCCCCGCAGGGCCGGGGCACCUGCCUGGCGCGGCCGCAGCCCCCUGGACCGGCGACACCCCUCCGCGGCGCGGCGCGGCGGGCCCUGGCAGGGAGCCUCCUCCGCAAACCACCAGGGCCUUUUCUGGGACUGUUUUUCUUAGAAACAGGAAGCUGGGGUGUGGGCCGCACGUCCCCCGGGUCAAGGCCCCGCUGAGGGCACAGCAGGGUGGGGGUUUGGACCCAUGGGAACUCGCCACGCUGGGCGGCUGCUGCAGCCCCGGGCGCCCGACGGAGCCCCAGGUGCAGAGCCGGAGGAGAGGGGAGGGAAACAGGCCCGGCCGCCUGGCCGCCCAGGCUCCGCUGCGCACGCGGCGCCGGCCCCAGCGCCGGGUCACUUCUGCCUCUCGGUGGCACCUCACGGGCCCGGCCCCGGCCCCACAGCCGCCCGCUGGAGCAGAGCCUGUGCCCCAGGGCCAGGAGACCCCUGCCCCAGGUGAGCAUCUGUCCUGGUGGUCCCGCUGCCAGCCGCUCUGGCUGGGAGCCCCGUGGAGGGGCACCGUGGACACAGCCCUCCCAGCUGCCUCUGCCCGCCUGGCGCGGCGGUGCACCAGGCCCUGCCAGGGUCACUAG